AGCCGCCAGCUCGAGCCGCCGACCUCCAGGCCGCCGACAUUCAAGCCGCCGGACAGGGGGACGCCCGCGGGCGUCCCCUGGCGCCUCCUCCUCCCCAGCCCCGCCGCCGCCGGGGGCGUCGGGAUGGCGGAGGAGGCCCCGUUGGCCGCGGCGGAGCGGCCCGAGGAGGAGGGGGCCGCUGGCGGGGCCGCCCGCGCCGUGCGCGUGCAGGUGAGGCUCUUCGGGCCCGCGCGGGAGGCCGUGGGCGCGGCCCGCGUGGAGGUGUCCGUGCACGCGCCGCCCGCCUCCGGCGCCGCGGCGGGGCCCAGCGUCGCGGACCUGCGCGCCGCGGUCGCGGGCGGCUGGCCCGCCCUGGCCACGCUGCUGCCGGUGAGCCGCUUCGCGGUCGACGAGGAGCUUGUCAUGGACGAGGGGACGAGCCUCGCGGCGGGCGCGGACGUGGCCUUCAUACCGCCCAUCAGCGGCGGCUGAGCCCGCGGGUUGGGCCCGCACCCCGGGCGGGGCGGCCGGGCAGGGCGAGCCUCGGCGCGGAGGCGGGCGUCGCCCGCGCCUCCGCCUCGCCUCGCCGCGCCGGCAGGCGGGUGCCGCGAAGAGCGGAGCUCGGAGGCCUGCCUCCGUGCUCGCCCUUGCAUCUCCUUAUCGCGCAUCCUUAUGAUCCGGGCCGACUGUAGGUGCCGUUUCGAUGCCAGACGGGCAUGCCAUGCGUAGGACAGAGCGGGGUGGAGUCUCGCUCGUUGUAGGACAGGGCGCGCCCCCGCAGUUAUUGCAGCUGCGCCGGUCGUUCCGAAACCCCUCCUCUCCGUUU